CACUUUGGGUCGCGCAGGCGCAGAGCGUACAUAUCGCCAUGGCUGACACGGGGUGGCCAGGCUGUGCGAAGAGUUUGAAAGGCGUCAUUUUGGACUUAUGUGGAGUUUUGUAUGACAGCGGGGAGGGCGACGGGGUUGCUAUCCCUGGCUCCAUCGAGGCUGUAAAAAGGCUCAAAGAAUCGGACCUGCAGCUGCGAUUCUGCACCAACGAGACUCAGGCGACCAGAGAGAAGUUCGUAGCCAAACUCCAGAGAUUGGGCUUUGACAUUUCUGUAGCCGAGGUCUUCCCCCCUGCGCCUGCAGCCAUCGCUGUUCUCAAGGAGAGGGGUUUAAGGCCCCACCUGCUGGUGCACGAAGGACUGCUGCCUGAGUUUGAUGCCGUGGAUAAGACCAACCCAAACUGUGUGGUCAUUGGAGACGCGGCUGAGAACUUCUCCUACCAGAACCUAAAUGAGGCAUUUAGGGUCCUCAUAGGAUUGGAAAGGCCUGUGCUAUUCUCCCUUGGCCAAGGGAGGUACUACAAGGAGACAGAUGGGUUGAAACUAGAUGUUGGGGUUUACAUGAAGGCCCUUGAGUACGCGUGUGAUUUAAAGGCGGAAGUAAUCGGGAAGCCAUCGCCGACGUUCUUCCAGAGUGUUCUCGGUGACAUGGGGCUGAAGCCAAAUGAGGCUCUAAUGAUUGGAGAUGAUCUGGUGAACGAUGUAGGAGGGGCGCAGUGCUGUGGCAUGAAAGGUGUACAAGUCAGAACAGGCAAAUACAGGCCAAGCGACGAGAGACACCCGACUGUGAGCGCCGACGCCACCGUGGACAACUUGGCCCAGGCCGUGGACGUGAUCCUCGGUCAGAGAGGGCGCGGAGCCUGAGGAAACCCUCCAACUCGCCGCCGCCUGGAGCAAUCCAGCCUCUGUGUUGCCUUGUAGCGCUAACUCAUAGCUCCUAAAUGUGUCGUUUCACACGAGGAGGUUCCUAAGUGUUGAGGUAGUUGAACAAAAAUGCGAAAGGAAUUAGCCGAAGUGUUCCCAUGCUGUCUAGCUGUUAUAAACGUUGCCGUUAAACGGUGGAAGGGAUCAGCCAUCUGCUCGCCCUACAUGGUGUUAAAACCGACUCCGGUGAAUUUUAUCCUAGUCGGUUGUAAACGCUGUCGGGCUGCGGUGUGCAUUUGUCGGUACAUGAUUGACAUAGAUGGGAUUCCUCCAGCUUGACGCGAACGAGCCUGUAACCAGCUGCUGAUUGACAGUUAGAUCGGGAAAACCGAGGCAGUGUUUGCUCAGAGUCGUUGGAAACCUACUGUAACCAAGUGCAGCUGAGAAAAUGACUGUGGUCAAGUUGUUUUACGUGCAGCGACACAAAACGUGCACGUGAACUAGACAAUGUCACACAAAUCUGAUUGGAAAAUAAAGCUAUUUCAUUUUU